AUGAGCGUUGAUAAUAACUCAUACAAAUAUGACCUGGGCUCGUUUCACCGAGACAUCACCACGUCGAGUUCGAUCACACAGACGUGGUUCGAUCGUGGCUUAACCUGGAGUUAUGCAUUUCAUCAUGAGGAGUCAGCUCGAUGUUUUGAGAGGGCGAUCAGGGAAGAUCCAGACUGCGCGAUGGCUUAUUGGGGACUUGCCUUUGCCCUCGGACCGAAUUACAACAAGCCCUGGGACCUUUUCGAUGAGAACGAGCUUAAGUCGACGCUGGAGAAGAUCAACGAAGCGAACGAUAGUGCUAGCAACAAAAUUUCAGGGUCGACGGAACUGGAAAGGGCUCUAAUCAAUGCGAUACGAGUCCGUGUACCUAAAGGGUUGGAUGAAGCUGCGUUUCGCGCAUGUAACGAAGAAUAUGCGGAAGCUAUGAGCAGCGUCUACAAGCAAUUUGGAGACGACCUCGACGUUGCAUCUCUAUAUGCUGACUCGAUCAUGAAUUUAUCUGCAUGGGAUCUCUGGGACCUCAAAACGGGAGAGCCUACUCCCGGAGCACGGUCCCUGGAGGUUAAGGCCAUCCUAGAUAAGGCCUUGGGGCAACAAGGCGUAUACAAGCAUCCGGGAAUUCUUCAUCUAUACAUCCACCUCAUGGAGAUGUCGAAGACCCCGGAAGUAGCUUUAGUUGCCGCGGAUCAUUUACGCAAACUGAUUCCCGAUGCGGGCCAUCUGGUCCACAUGCCUUCACACCUUGACAUUCUUAUUGGCGACUAUCGGCGCGCUAUCGACUCCAAUGCUGAUGCAUGCCUUACAGAUGAGAAGUAUCUCGCUGAAUAUGGAGGCGACAAUUUCUACUCUUUUUACAGAUUGCACAACUACCACUCGCUCAUCUACGCUGCAAUGUUUGCAGGCCAGUCGAGAGUCGCUCUGGAUGCAGUCAGUCGCAUGGAGGCUUCAGUUCCAGAAUCGCUUCUCCGUAUCGAGAGUCCGCCUAUGGCAGAUUGGCUCGAAAACUUCGCGUCAGUCCGUGUACAUGUCUUAGUUCGUUUUGGGCGCUGGAAGGACCUGAUUGCUCUCGACAUGCCGCAUGAUAAAGAUCUGCACUGCGUGACGACCGCAAUGUUGCAUUAUGGGAAAGGGGUGGCGUUUGCGGCUACUGGCGAUAUUGAGAAGGCACAGAAAGAGCAUGAUGCACUGAAUGAAGCCGUAGACCGGAUCCCGUCUUCCCGCAUUUGCGGAGACUUCCCGAACCGCUCCAACGUAGUCCUCCGCGUCGGCGUAGCUAUGCUGGACGGCGAACUCGAGUACCGCAAAGGCAAUUACGAACUUGCCUUUGAACAUCUCGAGAAAGCCAUUGAGCUCGAUGAUGCACUCACUUAUGCGGAGCCAUGGCCCUGGAUGCAACCCACUCGGCAUGCGUAUGCCGCUUUACUGAUGGAGCAGGGUAGGGUAGAAGACGCCGCCGCUGCGUAUAAAGCAGACUUGGGAUUCGACGAUACUUUGCCAAGGGCGAGGCAACAUCCAAACAAUAUUUGGGCUCUGCAUGGAUACCAUGAGUGUCUUGUUACGUUGGGCAAGAAAGAUGAGGCAGCAAUUGUGGGCCAGCAGCUGAAGGUAGCUCAAGCGGUAGCAGAUGUAACAGUCAAGGCAAGCUGCUACUGCCGGGGAGCCGGAAAGGCAUAA